AUGCCACCCGCAUUCUCCCCCACAAUCUCGUCCAAGAAGCACAACAUCGACAAACUGCUGCACCACCUCGACGGUCAAACCGUGGACCAUUCGAUCAUCGAUGCAUACACGGAUUGCAUGUACAAUACGGGCAAGAGCAAACUUGCCGAGUCGCUGCUGAAACGGGGAACGAGUGGUGGAAAGAUGAGGAAGGUGUGGAAGUAUGGUGAAAUUGUGCUUUUGGUUUUGGCUAUGAUAUGUUUGGUUGUGUUGGGAUGGAAGGUUGUGAACUUUGUGAGGAUGUGGACAUGUGUGUUGCUCAAUAUUGCGGUCGGAAACGAGAAGUUGUUGCCUUAG